GACGUUGUCGAACAGGCUUCUGUUCCCGCAGCCGAGCGUAGUAUGGAAGACGCGUCGCAGAUAGAUGUGGGCAAGCUCGAGGUGCAGGUGGUGGAGGCAAGGGAUCUGAUGCAAGCGGAUCGGUGGAGCCAGUCGGAUCCAUAUGUGGUGGUGACGUUUGCGGACAAGUGGGAGUCAACGUACACAGUGUCCGACUCGAACAAUCCGGUGUGGAAGAAGCAGGAGCCGUUCUUCUUUGAGGUCCGGUCGCGCAAGGCCAAGAUCUUUGUCGACGUGUUUGACAAGAACAAGAUGGAGAAGGACGUGUUUCUCGGGCAGGUGGAGAUUUCGCUGGAGGAGCUAGAGAACGGAUCCAAGCGCGACGCGUGGUGGUCGCUCAAGGAUCGGAUGGCUGGCGUGGAGGGAGCCCAGGUGGGGCGGGCCGAGGGCAAGGAGAUCACCGGCUCUAUCCACCUGCGGAUCGAGUACACGUACUCGCGUGUUUCUGAGGUUGCAGCAUACUUUCUCAACGAGGAAGUGGAUGUGUACGCGGUCAAGGGCGAGAAGAAGGCUGCCGAGUUCUCAAUGUCGGUGCUGAUCGGCAACAUCACAGUGCUGUAUGGCCUCCUCGAGCCGCUCAUCAACUGGUACUACCGGCAGUGGGACUACUGGAUGUGGAAGGACGCGUCGGCAUCGUUCACCAUGCUCCUGGUGUACUCGUUCAUUUCGCUCAACAACUGGCUCAUUCCGACGCUCAUUCCGCUGUACCUCCUCGCGUACAUGUCGUGGAACUACAUCGAGGUCGGCGGCAAGCUGACAUCGGCCGACGACGACGACUACACGUUUGCCGUGCAGGAGGGUGAGCAGCAGGUCGACAUGGGCUUCCUCGGCAUCUCGUACUACAAGUCGCAGAUGCAGGUCAUUCAGAACUCGAUCGGCGACACCAACGUGUGGAUCCAGGGCAACAAGGACCUGUUCAACUGGCGUUACCCUGCAACAACCAAGUACGUGUGGAUCGGCGUGGCCAUUCUCACCGUCCUGUGGUCCAUUGUGCCGUUCCGCUUUGUCAUGUUCACCAUCACUCUCUACCUCUUUACCCGCUUUACCAAGUUCUACGUCUACUCGUGGCGCAUCUACAAGGGCCUGUAUAAGAUCGUGGAGGAGCGUUACGGGCGCGAGGCCUCCGUCAAGCGCCGCGGCUUCGAGGCUUCGACGCCCAAGCCAGUCUCAAGCGCGAGCCCGGCCCCCAAGACCGUCUCGUCGCCAGUGGCGAGCCAGACCCGCCAGUCACCUGCCUCGAGCUCUGCUCGCAAGUCGAACAAGUCGCACAAGUCAAACAAGAGCGCGUCGCCGUCCAAACGCACCCGCAAGGCGCUUCCGCUAGCACCGACGGCGUCUUCCGCGUCAUCGGCUGCAGUGACGCCAGCACCGAGCACUCCGGCAAGCUACGCGACGCCUGCGGCCGACUCGCCGGCGGCGUCGUCGUCGGCCAUGGCCGACUCACCGUCGAGCUCGCGGCGACGCAAGGUGAAAAAGUCCAAGCACAAGCGCAAGCCGCGGACGCCCAAGGAGUAG